GUGAAAGGAACUUGUUGGUGACCACACGUGCCUCCCGUUCCUUGAUCCGGAAGCUAACUGGUGGAUCUUGCUCAAGAAGGUUGCUCUACGUGGGCCACCAAGCUAGAAAUCGGGUGGUGGGCUCUCGGUGUAGUAUCACCUCGCGGUAUUGGUCUUUUCUGCGUAAAUUUGAUUCCUCUGCUGUUGCUGUCUUUACUUCCGUCUUAUUUCACAAGGUUAUCACUGAUCAUCUUCUCAGCCUUUCUUUACCACAGUUACAAGCAGCUCCUUCACAGGAAGCCUCGCCCAUGAUUGCAACAGUGCAACACGCAUUUUCUGACCGGAUAUUUUGAUCCCCAAUGGUUCUGAAAGCUGUAAAGAGGCCACUUUCCCUUAAAGGCGUAUGUAGAAACGUACACUUAAUUAUCAAGACAGAAAACACGAUUGAUUUCAAUGUUGUAAAUAGCUGAAAUGGCGAUGCACAUUGACCCCGUCCUAUUUGCUGGGCGUAUCCCUCAACUAAGAUCGCAAAGUCAGUUUCUGAAACAUUUCUAUCGAACUAAAUAAACUUAAAACAAUACACAUAUUCAUCGAGGAUGUGAUACGGUUGUCGUGUUACAAAUCAGCAACUAAAUGUCCGAGCUUUAAACGCCAAUACUGAAGCGCAGUAGGUUUUUUUUGGAGGGAUGUGCCAAUGUGAUAAGGUGGAAAUCGAAAGUGAAAUUAUUUUUCUUCUGCGAAAUGGCGGUCCGAAUGUUACUGCGGGGAAGGUAUCUCCAAAUGAGAAUUAAGGCUUCCGCGGAGGCUCUCGUGUUGUACGUUGUGUUCGUCUGUGUCGCAGAAACCUUGGAUGUGACCAUAUUUUCCAACCCAACAAAUGUCUUUGUGACAGAAGAUGUUACCCUGGAAUGCAAAUUUACUGGUAAUGCUGCUUUCAACCUAACAAAUGUUGGGGUCCAGUGGUUUGGGCCCUCAAGAAAGGAGAUCUAUACCUUUGAUGGAGGGGAACAUACUUCAAAAAGACCAGGAGCAAAGAUCUUUGAAGCUGGAUUACGGAAAGGAGAUGCUUCACUUUUUCUUCCAAAUAUACAGAUUGAAGAUGAAGGGACAUACACUUGUAUUGUAUUUGUCACACCUCUCAAAGCUGAAAAGAGUUCAGAACUACAGGUGUCAGCUGAACCAGAGGUCCAUUUGCCCACAGAUGACAUUGCUGUUCAGAAUGGAACAGAGAGAUCUGUGAGUUGUACUGUUAAAGGAUUUUACCCUCAGAAACUUGAUCUCACCUGGGAAAAGGAAACAACAAAGGGAAUUGAGGAACUAAAAGAUAAUUUCUGCACUGGUGCACUAAUUUCCAUGGAUAAUGGAACUUUCAGUGUUUCUAGCAGACUAUGGAUUGAGCCAACAUUGAAAGAUAAUGGUAAUGUAUACAGGUGUAAUGUGAAACACCGCUCGCGCCCCGAAGGUAUUAUCAGCACAACUCGACUCACAGUUACAGAGCCUGAGAGAGAUUCUUCAGUUGGAACAGUUGUUUGGAGCGUAUUUGGUACAUUCAUUAUUUGUGCAGCUUUAUUGUUUAUUGCAUGGUUCUACUGGAGAAAUAAAAAAGUUCCUCCAGAAAUUAUUGAAAUGAAACCCCCUUCCAUCCUUCACCAUUUGGAGGAAGAUUUCAUCGAUUACCACGUCUCUGGAUUUAGACCUUCGAAGAUUCGCGUUGUUUUAAUCUUGAAGAGGAGAGAGAAUGGAAAUGGAAAAAAAAUUUUAGAAUGGCACAGCACAGAUGGGAAUAAUGUAAAUAAUGUACAAACAAUGUGCCCAAAUAAUCAAGAUGAAGUGCAGCUUUUUGUAAAUAAUUGUGAAGAGGAUAGAUCUUUUUCACCUUUGGAACCAACUUUAUCCUGUAACAGUAAUAGAACUUUCAAGUUAAAGGGCACAGUCAAAGUCUGUCCUGAUGUGAAAAGUGAUAAUGGGGCUGAAUUAAUUCUUGAAGUUUAUCAUGAUGCUGUUUCCCAAGUCAAGUCAAUAGCCAUAAGACUGGAUGUUAAAGCAGUCCCGCCAAAAAUUUCAAACAUUGUGGUGCCACUUCGUGUCUGUCAUAAUGAGCCUGCAGCCUUGGUUUGUUCAAUAAUUGGAUUUAAACCAAAUUCUCUUCAAAUCACAUGGCAACAAAUCAGGAAGGAUAAUAAAGUGGAACUUGUUCGAUUUCAUCAGGGCAGGACUGUCUUUGCUACUAACAAUGGUAACAAGUGCAAGUAUCAUCAUCAAAUCAGUGAAGUAGAAUAUGAAGAUAAAUCCUAUGGUCUUACCAGUGCCCUAGUUAUUUUGCCAGCAAUACCGCAAGACCAAGAAACAAGGUAUAUCUGUGAGGUACAACAUGAUGAGUCUUACACUAUCAAGCAGAGAGAUACAAUUCUGCGAAUUACAGCCCCACCAAAAUUGGACAGGAUAGUGUGUAAUGUAGAAAAACCAGUUGCAGGAGAGUGCAUAACUUUGCAGUGUCAAAUACAUUCUUUUUAUCCUCCUGGAAUAGUAAUAACAUGGUUGAAACAAGGUAAAAAAGUGACAGAAAAAUUUGAACAAAGUGAGCCCACACUGGGAAUUGAUGGACUCUAUCGCUUGACCACUAGUUUAAAGGUUACACUGAGCAGAACUGAUGUUGGGAAGAAAUAUGCUUGCCAAGUAAGCCAUGAAAGUCUAGAACAGCCAUUGGAAGUUGACUGGAAGGUUGAUCAUUUCAUAUUAGCACCAAAGGUAACAGAAGUUACAGUUGAUCCUGUUCACCCAAAGGUGGGAGAACUUGUAACCCUUUCCUGUAAAGCUUACGAUUUCUUCCCAAAAGACAACGAAAUAUUCUGGCUGAAAGGGUUUGAGAGAACUAAAGAUGGAGUUGAAAUGGAUGACACUGUAUUCGAUAGCUCGUCUAGUUUGUACUCUCGACGGUCCAAAAGGACAUUCAGUCCAACUGACAUGGACCAUGGAAAAGAGUUCAAAAUGCAGAUUCUUCACACUGGGACUUCAAAUAAGCCUGUCUCAUCCAGUCAUGUUUUGAAACUAUUUGGAAUACCAUAUGUUGAAGAUAUCAAACUUGUUCCACCAGAAGCCAAAUAUGGUAGUGACCUUACUAUGACAUGCCGUGUCACUAACUUUCUCCCACAAGACAUUAAUGCAGCUUGGCAACAAGAUGGCAACCAGGUAGUCAAGGAAAUCUCAGUUAAAGGACCUGUGAAGGAGAAAGAUGGAUGCUCUUCUGUGACAUUUCAGUUACAAAUAAGACCAACUGCACUAAAUUUUAAUCAAGAAUUUUCUUGCCAAGUGAGCCAUGUUAAAUUAAAGGCUCCAGUUACAAAAAAGACAGUUUUAAUACUUCCAGCUUUGUCUCCUACCUUGUCUUCUAUUAAGCUUGAUCCAAAUUCCUUUGAAGUUAAUCAGAAACUAACAUUCAGUGUUACAUUGACAAAAUAUGCUCCUGCUGCAGUCGAAAUAAAGUGGUUUAAAAACGAGACACGUUCAAAUAUGAUUCACAAACCUGUGGAAAUUGCUAGUGAUGGUCUUUGCUCAUCAGUUACAAGCACAGAAUUUGUUGCAACUGAGAAGGAUGAUGAGUGUGUCAUCAGAUGUGAAGUGUUUCAUCCAGCAACAAAAGAAAUUCAAGAGAAAACUUUCACAUUAUUCCUUAAAGGUAUUAAAAAUGAAGAAUCGCCUUAUUCAGAUCUAUUGAAAGAUGAAGGGGUAUCACAGAUAACUUGCGAGACACCACAUCCUCAAGCUGGCCAACCUGUAACGAUUUCCUGCACUGUUACGGGAUCUUCUUUAGAAGACACACACAUCACUUGGUACAAAGAUAUUUAUCCUUUAGAUGAAACCAGCUGCAUUAAAAAGAAACCAUUUGAAACUGGUGUAGGUUUCACCACUGCAUUAACUUUCACACCAAAGCAAGAAGAUGAUAAUUGUCAGUUCCAAGUUAAUAUUAUCACUGAGAUGGACCCAGUCAGCAGAUAUUUCAAACUGAAAUUAAGUUGAGUUGGUAUGGCAGUUUCUGAAACAGUAAUCAAUGUAUUCUGAUUUAGUAGCUACAAAGUGGAGGGAUAUUCUUGCUUACACUUCAUAAUGUAUAAUAAAACAUUUCAUAGUUGAAAUGUUGGAUUUGGGAUCAACAUUAGCUUUGUUUAUUUUAUCUUCAUCCAUUUUAGUCUGAGAUUUACUGGUCACUAAUAAAUUUAUCCUGGAGCAUUGUAAUCUCUAUAUUUUCUACUUGAAUGAACAGUACUAAUAUUUUUGUUCUUGUUAGCUGAAUGAUCAAAAGCAAUGGAGAAAAGCCAUUAACUAGCUAAUAACAGAUUGAAUAUUAAAAAUAUACCUUAAAAGCCAAUCUUUGUGUCAAAACAGAAUAUAUUAAUGAAAGAUAGUCACAACUGUUACUGUGAAGGGGGAAAUGGCUGCUAAAAUAAAUUCCACAUAGCAUGUGGACUGAGAGAGAAGUGUGAAAAAACCAGGAUAAAGUGUGAGGAAAUAUUGUGUGAUAUCACCUUCAGUGUUGCUUUUGUUCACAGUCAUGACUGGCCUGAAACAACACAGUGUUGGAGCUGGAGGAGCAAAGCAGGUCAAACAGCAUCAGAAAGUUGACGUUUCAGGUUGGGACGCUUGGAGGGUGAAGGGAGCUCAGAAAUAAACAGAGAGAGAAGAGCUGGGGCUGGGGAAGGUAGGUGAGAUGGUGGUAGGUGAAAACAGGGAGUGGUGGGGAUUGGUUAGCGGAUGGGUGGGACACACAGGUGGCAGGAGAAGAUGGACAGGAUGUGUCAGGUCAUGGAGGCAGUGAUGAAAGGGAGGGUUGGAUAUGGGAUGAGGCCGGGGUGGGAAGACUUUAAAACUGGCGAAUUCUAUGCUUAGGCCAUCAGGUUGUAGGCUCCUGAGGCAAAAUAUGAGGUGUUGCUCCUCCGGUUUGCAUUUGGUGCCAUUGUGGCACUGGAGGACGCCCAAGAUGGACAUAUCACCCAGGGAGUGGGAGGGAAGUUAAAAUGGCUGGUAAGCGGAUGGUGUUGCCGUUUGUUCAUCAUGCCUGUAAUGUUGCACAUGACCUCUUGAAUAGAGAAAUUGGCUCUGGUGUCUCCAGUUGCCAUUUUCUGUAUACAUUGUGUGCAACCUUCUCCUGCAAUGCAAAAAAUGUAACAACCAUAUGUGCCUGAGAUAAUGUUGCGUAGUACCAAUGUUAUUGAGUAAGUUGAGGUUGCAGCAGUGGUGAGAGCAGUUGGAGGAAAAUAGACUGGUAAAGUAAUUGUAGGAAGUGAAGUAAAACAGGGGAGCAGAAUGUUAGGAGUAGUUGUAGGUGUGCGGAGAACCAUUGAGAUAAGAGGUGGAAUUCCUGGCCAUAUCUGAAAGAUUUGCCAGAACUGCAGCUAUGUCCUAUGAGCUAAGAUGACAUUAGUUUCCUUCGUUGUCUUAUUUUUGUGUUGAUACUUGAAAAACUUUCUAGCUCUUGGUUGUUUCAGCUAAGUGUUGUGUCUAUGAGGCUAAAGUUGCUUGAAGCCUAAUCCUUUGAUUAGUAACAAGUAUCUUGCUCGGAUUUAUGAAUUUUCAGCCUGCAAAUGGCAUGUGCGUUUUGAUACUCAUCCCACUCUAAUGGAGCAGAGAAAUGAGUAAGUAGUAUAUAUUGUCCCACUUCAGUUUGAUAGGUAUUUUUAGUUUUCAAAGAAAAAAAUCAAUUAGUUUAAUUCAAGACUCAGCAGUGCUGAAGAUAUACAGUAAUAGCAUAAUUGAAGAGACAGCUCAAUACCAUAACAACGUGUGUUUUUGUGCUGUUUAGGAAGCCCACUUUAUAGUUCAUUUCAUACACAAAGUACAUUACUUUGUAAUAAUAAGGUGCAUUUGUUGAUGACUAUUGGAUCCACUUUAAAAUGAAGACAGUUUAUUCACAGACUGUUGUUUGGAUGCUUCAUCUGAAAAUUUAUGAACAAACAGUAUUAAUAACCAUUUCAAAAAAUGGAAACUUUGUGAACUAUUUUUGUAUUCCACAUUUGAGAAUAUGUCUGAAUUUGCCAUUUUGCCAAGGUGUAUGUUUAUGCAAUGUUACUAUAUUGGAACAGUUAUUUUUGUAUUUUGACUACCUAUUCAACUAACUGAAAAUUAUUAUUUGAGAAAUAGUUGCAAUAAUAGAUAUUUCUGCUUUUUCCUCUUGACUCUUCCCCAACAACACACUCUUUCUGAAUUGGAAAGAUAAUUCAAGAAUCUUUUCCAGCACAAAAUCUAAACUGACACCUCGGAUUAGUACCAAGGGAAGUCCUGCAGUGCUAAGAAUACUGUGUCCUCCAUAUGACACAUUAAAAGCAGGCCCAUUGACCUUGUGGUCAUUGUAAUUGUGGCUGCCUUUUUGGGCAGAUGAUUUAUAUUAGCUAGGAAUUAGAACAUGUUUCAAUUCCUCUAACCUUUUCUGGCUAACUAUUAAUGUAUGCAAUUGGAAGCCUUCUGAAGUUGAUUACUGUGACUCAGAGUUGACAACUUUUGUAGAGACUUCCAAAUGGCUGGUAAUUGUCCAUUAGAAAUUACGAGUUGCCAAGACAUUAUUGGAGAGUCAAUGUCAUUCCCCAAUUAUCAGGAAACCAAAAUAUCUGGGCCAUUGUAUGAAAUGGCUUACAAUUGAGAUUUGUUUUUAUUAAUAUCAAUUUAAAUAUCAAUUUUAAUUGUUUUUUUAAAAAAGUCAAAUUAAGAUUUAGUUGACAGAACUUUCUUUGUAUCUAU